AUGUGUCGUGUCUUGAACAUCCUGUUGGCUUUGCUGAGUCGCUUCCUGUUCACGGUCCACGGGGUGGUGACAGUGUGGCGCGUGGUGGCCAUUAAAGGGGAGCCGCUCUAUUGGCUGCUGCUGACGGGCGUGGCUCUGCUGGGCGUGGAAAUGGCCGUCACUCUGAAGUGCACCCGUAACGCCGAGUGGAAAUGGUUCUCCCCCAUGGUUUUCCUCUACCUCAGUACUGUCAUUCCAUCCAUUUGGUUUCUGGAGCUGAGCCUGCUGCAGUCCAAGCUGCCCGUCAACAGUUCCUCCGGCCCCGAGCUUCGUUUGCUGGCUCACAUCCCGAUCACAGCGGGCAUCGUGGAGCUGGAUCCAGAGAACUGGGUGGCUGGCCUGGAGCAAACCAUGCUCAUAGUGUUGGUUCUGGGGCGCUGGCUGAUGCCCAAGGGGGACAUGUCCCGGGACCAGCUGUCCCAGCUCCUCAUGGUCUACGUGGGACUGGGUGCCGACAUCCUGGACAUCUUCGACACCUUCAGGGAACCCGAAGUCAAAACCAACCGGGCGGUCGUCAUCGUGGGCCUGGCCCUCUUCUCCUGGGCGCUCAUGCAGUUUCCUCUAGUGCUCACUCAGACUCGACCCUCAAAGGGCGAGUCGGGCGGUCUCCUCUGCUGCCCUGGUGCCCCGCCCUCGUUCGCCUCCUGCUGCUCCAGCGAAGUGUGGAGCUUGCUGCUCACAGUGGGACUCCAAGACGGCCCGUUCCUGCUCUACCGGCUCUACCUCAUGGUUCAGGAGCAGGUGCUGAACCAGCUCAUGAUCUUCUUCACCUGCAAGAACAUCCUCAUUGUCCUGCUGGAGCUCUACCGGAUCUUUGUGGUUCAGUGCGAGCAGCGGGUGGGGGACUGGGGUUUGGAGAGGUGCGCCGCUCUGGUGCUCUGGUGUCGAGCCCAGGGGGGCGGGGAGACAAUACCCUCUCCUGUCAAACCAGAGCUGCGAGGCAGCCCUUCUGCAUUUAUGGAUGACCCUCUCACUCUGUGUCUCCUGCACCCACGUUGGGCAGACUGGGGAAUGAAGAGCAGCGGCAAUUCAAUCAGAGGCCUUUUCGAGCGCUGCCUUGUAUCUGUGUCCAUCAAAUUGCCGUACUUCACCUCAGCCCGCCAGAUGAUGAUAGGAGGUGAAGCUCUGAACAACCGGCUCCGUGUGGUCACCAGCGGACGCUCAUCAAAGGAUGCCAUGCGUUAUAACUGGUGCGUCAGACGCUUCGGAUUGGCUCGAAACAUUUGA